AUGAUUGACGAGACGCAGACGGCGCUGCUGGAGCUGCUGGAGCUGCUCACCACGGGCACGCGCGUGGAGACGAUCAACUUUAUGAAGGUGUGCAUCGAGUCGGUGCGCAAGUGCGCCAUCCAGGACCAGCGCACGCCGGUGUUCAUCUUUGAGCGCCUCUGCUCCAUUAUCUACCCCGAGGAGAAGGACGCCGACGAGUUCUUCAUCAGCCUGGAGAAGGACCCCCAGCAGGAGGACUUUCUGCAGGGGCGGAUGCUGGGCAACCCGUACAGCAGCAAGGACCCGGGCAUGGGCCCGCUGAUGCGCGACAUCAAGAACAAGAUCUGCCAGGAGUGCGAGCUGGUGUCGCUGCUCGAGGACGACAGCGGCCUGGAGCUGCUGGUCAACAACAAGAUCAUCUCGCUGGACCUGGCCGUGAAGGAGGUGUACAAACGGAUCGUCCAGGCCUCAUCCGCCGGACCGACGAUGAAGAUCACCUACCGCAUUCGAGGGCUGAUGGGCGACGCCACGGAGGAGUUUAUCGAGUCCUUUGCCAACAAGGAGUCGGUGGUGGAGGACGACGAGAAGCGGUACGAGCUGGCGGCCAUCAUGGCCGAGGGAGUGGGCGGCGACGGAUCAAGCAGCAGUGCCACUUCAACUACCUUUUGUGGCCUGCAGGUGAUGCUGGAGCGCUUUGAGGCGGUGGAGGAGAUCACCAACCGCAGCCGCCAGCUGCUCUUUGUCCUUCUCAAGCUCUUUGGCUACUGCGUGAAGGUGGUGGCCAACCGGCGGGCGCUGAUCUCGCCGCAGCUGAACACCAUCGGCGCCAUGCUCGCCAUUGCCCGCCUCUUUGUGCGCAGUCAGGCCCCCGACCUGCUGACGACGCCUUCCGCCCCGGGGGCGCCCUCCUACUUUGAGCAGCUGCUGACUCUGAUGGAGACGCUUAUGGCGGAGGCGAGUCGCCAGGAAGCGACCGCCUACGACCUCUUCAACGUCACCACCUGCGGCACGGCGGAGGACGUCCGCCUGUUGAUGGACGCCGUCACCCGUUUCGACUCGGUCCUCUACAGCGCCACCGUGAACAGCCUCACGGCGAAGAUUCUCCGCAUCGUCGCCUUUCUGGCGCUGGGCAAUGCGGAGAAGGCGGCGGCGCUGCUCGCUUUCUUCAAGCCGUACUUUGACUUUGACGCCUACGACCGCAAGCAGCUGCAGCUGGAAAAUCCGGAGCACCGCUUUGAGCUGCUCUGCUCGCUGCUGAACGGCAUUGAGCGGAACAAGACGGGCAACCGCAUGAAGGACCUGCUCAUUGAGGAGGGCUUUGUGCCCACCACCAUUGAGUACCUGGUCCGCAAUGCGCCGCCGAUGAAGAACUUUCUGCUCAUCAACAACGAGGAGUGGAAGGACUUUACCUCGCGGCCGGCGCUCAAGUAUGUCCUGCGGAUGUUGACUGGUCUAAGCCACGGCCACGAGAACACGCAGCUGCUGAUCACCCGCGACGCCAUACCGAUCAUCCACGGCCUGGAGCAGGUGCUGACCGACUCGCACAUGGCCACGCUGGCGGAGAACCUGAUGGACGCCAUCAAGGAGAACCCCUCGGUGGAGGCGAAGAUUGAGGAGGUGCGGCUGAAGACGCGCGAGGAGAAGAAGCGGAUCGCCAUGGCCGUCCGCGAGAAGCAGCUGGGCGAGCUGGGCAUGCGCGCCAACGACAAGGGCCAGGUGAUGGCCGACUCGCAGCUGCUGAAGGCCAUGGAGGAGCAGACGGCCAUUCUGGGGGCGGCCGGCUCCGGCGAGGAGAAGGGCCUCGUCUGCUCCAUCUGCCGCGAGGGCUACCAGUACUCGGCGCAGAAGGUGCUCGCGGUGUACACCUUCACCAAGCGCUGCAACGUGGAGGAGCACGAGGAGCGCCGCCCGAGGAAGACUGUCGGCUACACCACCGUCACCCACUUCAACAUCAUCCACGUGGAGUGCCACAUGUCGGCGGUUCGGCACGCGCGCACCCGCGACGAGUGGCAGUCGGCGGCGCUGCACAAUGCCAACACGCGAUGCAAUGGCCUCCUUCCACUGUGGGGCCCCCAAGUGUACGAGUCGCUUUUUGCGCACGCCCUUGCCCGCCACAACAGCUACCUGCAUGAUGCGGUGGGCCAGCGGGACUUUACCGGCUCCAACAGCUUCCUAGGCACGGUGCACGACCUGAAGCUGCUGCUGGCCCGUUUCGCCACGGAGAGCACCUUUAUGAGCGAGGAGACGGGCGGCGGCGGCGCCCAAUCGAACCUCUACCUGACGCCCUACCUCGCCCACACUGCCCUCUACGUGAUGAACACCACGAAGGUGGCCGAACGGGAGCGCGCCAACCUGGAGGCGAACUUUUUCGCUCAGCCGGCGGACCGAUGGAUUGAUUCUGCCUUUGCCGCAGACUCGCCCUACUUUUGGGCGGUCAUGACGCUGCUGCUCUCCUCGAAGACCGUUUGGGCGGAGCGCCGACUGUACGUCCUUCGGCGGCUGAUUCUCACCGAACACCUGCGACGUCUGCCGGCCGAUCGGCGAACGGCUGCAGCGCUGGCGGAACGGGCCACCGAGCCGGUCGCCUAUGGAACCAUCAAACCGGCGGUGAUGUUCUUUGCGAUGAUUAAUCUCUUUUACACGGUUAUGUUUAAG